UAUUAGUCAACAUUGCUACUCUAUAAUAAAAUAUUUCUUUUUCUCAAUUUCAAUUGAUUUCCAGCCAUGGAUGAAGACAAUACGGCAAAGAGCGAAGAACAGCAGCUAACUUUGCAGAAAGCAUUACAGCAAUGUGAAUUGGUCCAAAAUAUGAUAGACAUCAGCAUCUCCAGUCUGGAAGGGUUAAGGACUAAAUGUGCCACAUCAAAUGACCUCACGCAAAAAGAAAUAAGAACACUGGAGGGCAAACUAGUGAAGUAUUUCAGCCGCCAGCUUUCCUGUAAACGCAAGGUUUCCCUGCAUGAGCGAAGCGCUGAGUUAGAGGGAUUUCCUCACCUAGUGCAUUGGUUCCGGAUUGUAAAUAUCCGCAAGGAAGUGAUCAAGGACAUAACCCCUGAUCAACUGACUCUAGAAGCUCUUUUAGAGAUGACCGACGAGGAAGUGUGUGAAACAGUGAAGAAAUACGGAACAAGUAGCGAGGAGUGUGCCAGAUUAAAUGCCUCACUGUCCUGCCUAAGAAGAGUAUAUAAAUCAGGGAGUAGCCACUCCAGCCAGGACUGGGCUAUCCAGUGGCCUACAACAGAAACUGGCAAAGAGAACACUCCCGUCAGCCAAGCAGAACCAGUCCAGUGGCCUGGAUGCCAUACUGCGCACAGUCCCAAAUUCCCAUCAAAAUUCCUGCAGCAAGACUUCCAUUCAGUGCCUGUGCUGGGACCCACUUGUACAUACACAGAUAGACUAACCAUUGGAGAUCCAAUUGGACUUUACCCUACAUUUGAGAGUGGGCCAAGUUCUCUGCCACCUUCUCCACGACAACGGCAUGCCAUGCACACUCCUCCACGGACUCCUCCCAUAGUAACAACAAUGACACCUCCAGGAACUCCUCCAGUGAGGAGAAGGAAUAAGCUGAAGCCACCUGGAACGCCUCCGCCAACCUCUCGUAAACUGAUUCACCUCAUUCCUGGCUUCACUGCAUUACACCGAAGUAAAUCACACGAGUUCCAGCUCGGAAACAGAGUGGAAGAAACGCAAACGCCAAAAGCAAAGAAAAAGAACAAACCUCUAAACCUGAAGAUUCACAAUAGUGUUGGUAGCUGUGAGAACAUCCCUGCUCAGCGUUCCCCUCUCCUCUCCGAACGGUCUUUGCGCUCCUUCUUUGUGGGAUACCCAUCUUUUCUUCCUUCUACUCCUCCCGUUCACACCGAAACCAAUUUCUCAUCAAAUACAUUAUCAGUGCCUCGAUGGUCCCCACAGAUUCCUCGUAGAGAUCUGGGGAAUUCAAUUAAACACAGAUUUUCCACCAAGUAUUGGAUGUCUCAGACCUGCACAGUAUGUGGGAAAGGGAUGCUUUUUGGCUUGAAAUGUAAAAACUGCAAAUUAAAAUGCCAUAACAAAUGCACCAAAGAAGCCCCACCUUGUCAUUUACUCAUCAUUCAUCGUGGAGCAAGACUUGUGCGAACAGAAUCUGUGCCAUGUGAUAUUAACAAUCCACUUAAGAAGCCUCCUAGGUACUCUGAUCUGCACUCCAGCCAAACACUGCCUAAAACCAACAAAAUUAAUAAGGAUCAUAUACCUGUCCCUUAUCAGCCGGAUUCCAGCAGUAAUCCUUCAUCAACAACGUCGUCAACGCCGUCCUCUCCAGCGCCGCCUCUACCUCCCAACGCGACACCUCCUUCACCCCUUCACCCGUCACCACAGUGCACCCGGCAACAGAAACAAUUCAACCUGUCAGGUAUACUCACUAACAUUCGGUUGAGGACAAUCACAAGCAGUGACUUGCUUGAGAGCCACAGUCACACAAGCCCACCACAAGCUUCUCAUUAUUUCAAGUACAAGCAGCAGUUCAUUUUUCCUGAUGUCACACCCGAGGUACAAAGCCGAACUCCACAAGUUAUUCUCCAUCCUGUCAACUCAGAUCCCAUAAGUGAAGGAACUCCCUCACUUAGAGUGGAAGUGAAUGAACCCUCAUCAGAGAAUGAAGAUGCAAAUGAUGAAGCUUAUAAGUCUGAUGGUUCCGAAGAUGAUUUUGAAGAGAUGAACCUUUCAUUGCUAUCUGCACGUAAUUUUCCACGAAAAGCAAGUCAGACCAGCAUUUUCCUGCAGGAAUGGGACAUUCCAUUUGAGCAACUAGAAAUUGGAGAACUCAUAGGCAAAGGACGCUUCGGCAAAGUCUAUCAUGGUCGCUGGCAUGGAGAGGUAGCAAUCCGUUUGAUUGAUAUUGAAAGGGACAAUGAGGACCAUCUAAAACUUUUCAAAAGGGAAGUGAUGGCAUAUAGACAAACUCGACAUGAAAAUGUGGUACUAUUUAUGGGAGCCUGUAUGAGUCCCCCACACUUAGCUAUUAUCACCAGCCUCUGCAAGGGAAGAACUCUAUACUCUGUUGUUAGAGAUGCUAAAAUGGUGCUGGAUGUGAACAAGACCAGACAGAUUGCUCAGGAGAUUGUGAAGGGAAUGGGUUACCUACACGCUAAAGGAAUUAUUCACAAAGAUUUGAAGUCAAAGAAUAUUUUCUAUGAUAAUGGAAAGAUAAUAAUUACUGACUUUGGUCUCUUCAGCAUCUCUGGAGCUUUACAAGAGGGCAGGAGAGAGAGUGAAAUGCGGAUCCCUAAUGGUUGGCUGUGUCAUCUGGCUCCUGAAAUUAUUCAACAACUUUCUCCCUCGACAGAUGAAGACAAACUCCCAUUCUCCAAGCAAUCAGAUGUAUUUGCAUUUGGAACCAUAUGGUACGAGUUGCAUGCACGUGAGUGGCCUUUCAAGAAUCAGCCAACAGAUGCGAUAAUAUGGCAAGCCGGGAGAGGCAUGAAGCCUAGUCUAAGUCAAAUUGGCGUGGGCAAGGAGAUUUCGGAUAUCUUGCUCUUCUGCUGGGCCUAUGAGCAGGAAGAGCGUCCCAGUUUCUCGAAAAUCAUGGAGCUACUUGAGAAACUUCCCAAGCGAAAUCGCCGCCUCUCCCACCCUGGACAUUUUUGGAAGUCAGCUGAAUACGUUUCCCUUAGCUCCAAUGUGUGA